UCAGGCCAGUUCACCGCUCCACCACUCAUUCUGUUUCACUGAGCUGUCAAUACACACCACCUUCCCCUUUCCUUGUGUUUGGCGACCACAUUUUCUAACAAAUCCUGUCCGUUAUUCUCUCCGACGACGUUUUGCCACAGAUAACAGCUGCUUCCGUCUCACCAUGACUCGUAGGUGAUCUUCAGAGUGUCCGGGUGGUUCUGGGGGUCCAGGUUGGUGUGGUGAGAGAGCAAGCUAACUAAGGGGAGGAGGAGGACUGCCUGGGGGCAUCGCAGCCAAGGCUUCCAAGUGACUUGGCGGGGAGCUUGGCAAACUGUUCUGCAACAUGGAGAAGGAUGACCUGAAGGUUCUCAACAAGGGGGGCGAGGAUGAGAUGGAGCUGCGGGGCUACCGUCUGUGUCGCUGGCGUCUGGCCCUGGUGGGUCUCGGAGUGCUGUGUACAGGUGGCUUCAUCCUCCUGUUGCUCUACUGGAUGCCGGAGUGGUGCGUUAAAUCCACCUGCACCCGCUCCACAGCCCGCGAUGCCCAAGUGGUGCUGAUGCGCUCCACGGAUGAGUUCCGGCGCUGGUUCCUGGCCAAGGUGCGAGUGAUUCUAGCCCCAGGGAGAAACCCUUUCCACAGCCUGGAGACCCAGACCACCUCCCCCUCCCCCUCUUCCUGCCCCACCCCUCCCUCCGCCUCCCCCCCUCUGGCCAACGGGUACACCCCACAUCCCUCUGAUGGCAGCCCCGCUCAGGAGCUCAUCAGGAGAUAUGCCGACUACCAGCCCACACAGAUUCGCUAUUUUACACUCCACAGCACAAAGUACUACUGGAAUGAUGAGCUGCAGAACUUUGAAGUUUUGACAGGCCUGGAGGAUCUGCAGAUCAGCUGCUCCACCCUCCACUCGGAGCACAGUGCAGGCCUGUCCAGGAGCCAGCAAGAGUACAGGAGACUGUUCUUUGGAGUGAAUGAAAUUGCAGUGAAAGUGCCUUCUCUUUUCAAGCUGCUUAUCAAAGAGGUCCUCAACCCUUUCUACAUCUUCCAGUUCUUCAGUGUGAUCCUGUGGAGUAUCGAUGAGUAUUACUACUACGCCGUGGCCAUUGUCUUCAUGUCGGUCAUAUCCAUAGCUACCUCUCUGUACACCAUCAAAAAGCAAUAUGUCAUGCUUCACGAUAUGGUGGCCACUCACAGUAUUGUCCGCGUAUCUGUAUGCCGAGCCAACAACGAUAUCGAGGAGAUCAUGUCUACUGAUCUGGUGCCUGGUGAUGUAGUGGUCAUCCCCGGCAAUGGGACCAUCAUGCCGUGUGACGCCGUGCUGGUCAGCGGCACCUGCAUUGUCAAUGAAAGCAUGCUCACAGGUGAGAGUGUUCCAGUGACAAAGACCAACCUCCCAAACCCAGUGCCGGGAGAGAAGGAGGCGGAGGCUGAUAGUGCCUACAGCACAGAGGAGCACAAGAGACACACCCUCUUCUGCGGCACCAACGUCAUCCAGACCCGUUUCUACACUGGUGAACUGGUCAAGGCUGUGGUGGUGCGCACAGGUUUCAGCACAGCCAAAGGCCAACUGGUGCGCUCUAUCCUCUACCCCAAACCCACUGACUUCAAACUGUACCGUGAUGCCUACCUCUUCCUGUUGUGUCUGGUGGCUGUAGCUGGAAUUGGCUUUAUCUACUCCAUCGUCCUCAGCAUCAUGAACGAGGUGCCAGCUAAAACCAUCAUCAUCGAGUCGCUGGACAUCAUCACCAUCACUGUGCCACCGGCACUGCCCGCGGCCAUGACAGCUGGGAUUGUGUAUGCCCAGCGACGCCUCAAACGCAUUGGCAUCUUCUGCAUUAGCCCCCAGAGGAUCAACAUCUGUGGGCAACUCAACCUGGUUUGCUUUGACAAGACUGGAACUCUGACAGAGGAUGGACUAGACAUGUGGGGAGUCCAGAGAGCGGAGAACGGCAGGUUCCUCCUCUCAGAGGAAAACGCCUACAAGGAGAGUCUUGUGAAGACCCAGUUUGUGGCUUGCAUGGCUACCUGCCACUCCCUCACCAAGAUCGAGGGAGAGCUCUCUGGAGACCCUCUGGACCUCAAGAUGUUUGAGGCUACAGGCUGGAUCCUGGAGGAGGCCACUGAGGAGGAGACAUCUCUCCACAACCGCAUCAUGCCGACUGUGGUUCGACCCCCCAAGCAGCUGUUGCCCCCGGAGCCUGCUGUAGCACCAGAUCAGGACAUGGAACUCUAUGAGUUAUCGUCAACCUAUGAGAUAGGUAUUGUGCGCCAGUUCCCCUUCUCCUCUGCACUCCAGAGGAUGAGUGUGGUGGCUCGUCUGCUUGGGGAGAAACGCAUGGAUGCCUACCUGAAGGGGGCGCCAGAGAUGGUGGCCAGCCUCUGUAAGAAGGAGACAGUGCCAGAAAACUUUGCGCAGGUUUUGGAGGACUACACCAAGCAGGGUUUUCGGGUCAUCGCCCUGGCCCAUCGCCGCCUUGAAUCCAAACUCACCUGGCACAAAGUCCAGAACAUCAACAGGGAUCACAUCGAGACCAACAUGGAGUUCUUGGGCCUGAUAAUCAUGCAAAACAAGCUAAAGCCAGAAACACCAAAGGUGCUGCAGGACCUCCACGAAGCCAACAUCCGCACCAUCAUGGUUACUGGUGACAACAUGCUGACAGCCAUCUCAGUGGCCAGGGACUGUGGGAUGAUUCCUCCCCAGGACACGGUGAUCAUCGCUGACGCCCUGACACCCCGCGACGGCAUGGCCGCCAAGAUCACCUGGAGAUAUGCUGACAAGCCCAGCAAGACACCCCGCCUGGAGGAAGUGGCCAUCACCCUGCAGGAUGUGUGUCAUAUAGACGAGCCCAAGACUCAGGAGCAGUACCACUUUGCCAUGAACGGCAAGACCUUUGCCGUCAUCGCUGAGCACUUCCCUGACAUGCUUCAGAAGCUGGUGCUGCAUGGAACCGUGUUUGCCAGAAUGGCUCCAGAUCAGAAGACGCAGCUCAUUGAAGCAUUGCAGGGUGUAGACUACUAUGUGGGCAUGUGUGGAGAUGGAGCGAAUGACUGUGGGGCUCUGAAGAGAGCUCAUGGUGGCAUCUCUCUAUCAGAGCUGGAGGCCUCUGUAGCCUCUCCGUUCACCUCCCGGACUCCCAACAUCUCCUGUGUCCCCAGCCUCAUCAGGGAGGGCCGUGCUGCUCUUAUCACCUCCUUCUGUGUGUUCAAAUUCAUGGCUCUCUACAGCAUAAUCCAGUACAUCAGCGUCACUCUCCUCUACUCUAUCCUCAGUAACCUUGGGGACUUCCAGUUCCUCUUCAUCGACAUUGCCAUUAUCCUCCUUAUCGUCUUCACCAUGAGUCUGAACCCAGCGUGGAAGGAGCUGGUGCCGCGUUGCCCUCCCUCAGGCCUGAUCUCGGGCCCUCUGCUGUUCUCUGUGCUGACCCAGAUCCUCAUCUGCCUGGGCUUCCAGACCAUCGCCUUCCUCUGGGUCCGACAACAGUCCUGGUACAAGUCCUGUUCUCUGCACACCAAUCCCUGCAACCUGUCAUCCUAUGGAAAUGACUCCGACCACAAUAUCCAGAACUACGAGAACACCAGCCUCUUCUAUGUCUCCUCCUUCCAGUACCUCAUUGUUGCCAUUGUCUUCUCCAAGGGCAAACCUUUCAGACAGCCCAGUUACAAGAACUGGCCCUUUGUGCUUUCUACCAUAAGCCUGUACGCAUUCCUGUUGUUCAUCAUGUUCCACCCAGUUCACAUCAUUGAUGAGUUUCUCGAGAUUGUUGAUGUGCCAUUCGAAUGGAGGUUUAAACUCUUAGUCGUCAUUUUAGUCAAUGCUGCUGCCUCUGUCCUGAUGGAGACCUUCGUCCUUGACGUCGUCUUAUGGAAGCUUGUGUUCAGCCGAGACAAGCAGGGCAGCUUUGGCGCCACCCCUGCCGCCCCGACACCACAGGGGGGCAUUGACCUGUGGGGGUACAGGUGUCUGUCCUGGCUUUGCUGCCGACGUAAAAUGACCCCUAAGGCUCGCUAUAUGCAUCUGGCCCAGGAGCUCAGCGUGGACCCCGACUGGCCGCCCAAGCCCACCACCACUACUGAAGCCAAGCCCUGCCCUGACAACUGCUCUGCCUACCAGAUCAUGAUCAACUCCUAGCAACCCCACGCCCCUCCCCCAGCAUGUACUUGUAUGACCCACUCUGAGAGAAACGAACAGUUGGACAGUUUGUCUAUAAAGAAUGACUGGAAGAGGCAAAGGAACAGAGAGGUUCAACGUUACCAUGGUGGUAAGAGUUAGCUGGCGGUGACACAAGAAGGACUGAUGAGGUUGAAGGUGGAUGGAGUAAUGAAUGGAUGGGUAAACCCACCUAUAUAGUUUGAUGAUACAGGUUUUUUAUAUCUGAGAUUUCUCCUACUGUUUCCUCCCAUUUCUUGACUCAGUUUCCAUAAUUCUGAGCACCCACCUAGCCCUCAGCCACCACUCUGAAAGGGCGUUCACACUGCGAGCUACUUGGUUGAUGGUUGCUCCAGUAACGACUGCGGGCAGGGCAAGAGGCUCCAAUUACAUUCUAUCUAGUGGUCGGCAGCUACCAAGUCUUGAAUGUGCAAAUGAUGUAUUUUUUAUGUAUAUUUGCUGCGCUGAUAUCGCCUGUCAUAAUGUCCCAUUGUUUUAACAAGUUAACACAGCUGUCUAGCAAACACUAUUUAGCAUUACUGUUGACCCCUAUGAUGGAUUCUCCAAACGUCACUAUGUCUCUUCCUGCAGUCUUUAGAAUAAAGGACGUAGAGAUCUGGGAAGCUUUGUACAGCUGUAAUCCACUUCUUGCCUAUUUUGCACUUGUCUGGCAGAGCGGUUAUUCUUAGAACAAAGUCACAUUGGUAGGCAAAGAAGGACACGCACACAUUGGAUUCACUCUUGUUGGCCAAUGACAGCAGAAAUUUUGGCUGUGGUCAGUUUUUCUCAGCCAAUAAGCAUGUUGUUUGUCCACAAGUUUUCAUUGUCCUACAAAUUUACAAGAAGUGAAUUGACUUCUGGUGACCUGUUGAUCAUGUUGCUCGCAGUCUGAGUGCACAAUUACUGAUUUAACACACACACACACACACACACACAUCACAA